UAUUAGAUCAGCUUGAAUGCUUUGCAAGAUACCAGGCAUCCUUCCUCUAGCUGGAAAUGUGGCCUCUUACCGUGACUUUGACACUUAAGAGAGAAGGGAGUGUGUGCUAUUGAGCCAGCACAUUCCUGAGAAGUUGCCCGGCCCUGUAUAAAGCAGCCUGUUUGUAUAAGUAGAGCCCAAGAGACUUGAGAUCAGCACUUUCAGCACAACUGACAGCUCCAAUAUCACAGCCACAAUGAGCUGCAGCCCAGAAAGGGUCUCUUCUUACCGCCGUCAUUUUGAGGAGCUGGACAGCAGUUCGGUGGUGAAGCUGAGGGUUAGCAGCCCUUCCCCGCCAAGGAACAGACGAUCUGCCAGCUACAGCCGAGUAACACGGGAAGAGAAUGCCAGCUGCAGGAGGACAGCCUCGGCCACCCGGAGGCCCCACAGCAUGUUUAUCCCAUGCUUUGGUGCUCAGAUGGGAACAACAGUGGAUCUGGAAGCAGCCAGUGCGGCAAACCAGGAAUAUCUGAGCACCAGGAGCAGUGAGAAAAAAGAGAUGAUUGUACUGAAUGAUAGACUGACUAAGUACAUUGAAAAGGUAAGGGAUCUAGAACAGCAGAACGCCUCUGCUCAGUGUGAGUUGGAUGCGCUGCGCAGUCGGUGCUACAAACCAUCCAAUCUCAGGGCUCUAUAUGAGGAGCAGCUGAAGGAACUACGUAGGGAAGCUGAACAGGCCAAGCUUCAAAGGGACUUGGCAGUGGCAGCUAAGGUACCUGUGGUGAAUCAACUCAGUGCAGUAAAGAAACGCUAUGAAGAUGCUGUUGAGGCAAGGAAAAAGGCUGAAGAAGAUAUUGAAGCUUUACGCCCUGAUGUGGAUGCUGCCACAGCAGGACGCAUAUCACUAGAAAAGCAACUGGAAACUUUGGAAGCAGAGAUUUCUUUUCUGCAGAGAGUACAUGGCGAGGAGAUUGAAGAACUGAUGAAGCAAAUCUACAACAUGAGCACUUCCUGUGAUCUUGCCUUCUCCAUCCCGGAUUUUGCUGCUGCUCUGAGGGACAUCCAGAUGGAAUAUGAAGCAAUAGCAGCCAAGAACCUGCAGGAAAUGGACGAGUGGUACAAAAGCAAAUUUGUAGACUACAGUCAAGCUUCUACAAAGCACGUGGAAAAUGUGAGACAUUACCGAGGAGACAUGUCAAACUGCAAGAGAAACAUUAAAAGUAAAGAAAUGGAACUGAAUUCUCUUAAGAACAGAAACGCCAUUCUGGAAUCUCAAGUCAAAGAAACUCAAGAAAAGAACAAGAAAGAGAUAGAGGAGCUACAGGAAAAAAUCAAUAAGUUAGAAGAGGAUUUGAAGACAUUGAAACAUAAAAUUGCUUUGCACUUGCGAGAAUAUCAAGAUUUACUGAGUGUGAAAAUGGCUCUGGAUAUUGAGAUUGCCACAUACAGAAAACUUAUUGAAGGAGAGGACAGCAGACUUGGUACUUCUGUUAGUGGCCUGCACAUACUUAGUAAUCUGUCAGAAACCCUACAAGUGAGCACCACUCAGACCUUCUCCAAGUCAGUUGAGCGGAAAGAGAGCACAACUGUCGUAAAAAGUUAAUGUGGAUGAAGAAAGUUGAAUAAUGGAAAGUGUUUGAAGUGAUUUACAUUGAGUGGCACAUAAAGAAGCAGGAGGAGCUUUUGGUGUAACGGGCUGUCUCCAUGAUCGCUCUGAUAACAUUGAUUGCAUUGGUUGAACUGCUUACUAUAAUGCCUAGCUUCAUAAUAAAUAUCCAUUUUUGCAUCAUUAAUUAAUUUGCUGAAUAAAACAUACAGUUUGAGC